AUGAGAGCAUCUUCCGUUGGCAUCGACAGGAUCAACGUAUGUAUACCACCACUUGCUUUUGUUAGUGGCCGUGAAACAGCCAUUGUUACCUUCGAGGACAUGUGGUUGAUGAUGAACCUCCAGAGACUCGACGUACAGCUCGUAACGGUGUUUGCAUUAAUGCAAUAUGAUCAGCAGGAGACUCGUUACGGUCCGGAUCCUCAUUCUAAUGCCGGUAAAAGGGCUGGGCAGAAGAGGCAAGAAACAAAACCAAUAGAAGGGUUUCGAAAGCCACGAAGGAUCUCAUCAGUCAUCACCUCAAUCCUUCCUCAAGGUUCUGUAGGCUCUGAUACUGCCCUAGUGCUCGCCAAUGCCAUCUACUUCAAGGACAGCUGGUCCAUGCCCUUCCCCAAGAAGGACACCCAGACCAGGCGCUUCCAGCGGCCCGACAGCAGCCACGUGCGCGCGCCGUUCAUGCGCGGCCAUGGGGAUCAGGCGGUGGCGAAGUACGACGGGUUCAAGGUGCUCAAGCUAGCAUACCAUCCAUACAGUCUACCCCACUGGGAAGAGAAAUACCUGGGGAUUCUGGGCGGUCGUGAUGGCAAUACCAAGCUGCAAGACAUCCAGGGCUCUGAAAAGAGGCCCCAGUUCUCGAUGUGUGUCUUCCUUCCGGACUUUCACCACGGCCUGCCGAGACUCGUGGACAAGAUGGCCUCCUGCCCUAGCUUCCUGUGGGACCACAUACCGAGUGAACGCGUCGAGGUUGGGGAGUUGUGGUUGCCCAAGUUCAAGCUCUCCUUCUCGAGCAGAAUCAAUGGCGUUCUCGAGGACAUGGGGAUCAAGGCCGCCUUUAAAGAAGGCAAUGCCGACCUGUCUGACAUGCUAUGCUAG